ACGUCAUGAUUGACGCUGAUAACUGUCCGCAUGAGUAGUUCUGUAGUAGAUGAGAAGUCAGAGAGUAACAUUUACCACUGAACGAAAACAUGGCAAAGGGGCAACAGGCCGACAAGGAGCUCACCGAUGUGCUUAACCAACUCUGGCGCCUGGAUACCAACCGUCUCAGGCCGGGGACUGAUUACAUCAUUUCCCUCCAGGGAAGGGCAGGUUAUGUGGCUCAGGGCAGUAACUAUGCCAGAGACAACGCCAAGGCUCCGCUCUUCACAUAUGUCAACGAAGACAAACUCAAGGGUAUCAAGACAUAUUUACAUUUCAUGAACUUGCUGGACAACUAUGAGGUGUCCACAGGUGUAUCAGAGACAGUGACGUCAGAGGAGCAAAAAGAGAACAUGCUCUUUAUUGAUUCUAUCAUGGAGACCAAUGUCAUGAAGUGUGCUCACAAGUAUCUGGUCAGGAAGGGGCAGUCGCAAUCAGACCCUGGACAGUUUAAGAAACAGCUGUAUGACAUCUGGUUUCGCCUCUACCACCGGGACAGGAGUGGAGGUGAGGAUUCCUGUGGAUUUGAACAUGUGUUUGUGGGAGAAACCAAGUUUGAUCGGGAGAUUAUGGGUCUUCACAACUGGAUCCAGUUCUACCUGCAGGAAAAACACAACCAUAUUGACUACAAAGGCUACAAAGCAAGACAAGGCAAAGAUACACCUGAUGAAGACGACCAUGUCCUGAACCUGCAGUUCAGUUGGAAAGGCCUGGUGAAGGCGAUUGGUGGCUCCUUUAUUGGUGUCAGUCCAGAGUUUGAGAUGGCUCUCUUCACCAUCAUCUUUCUCAUGUCGACUGAGAAGAGGACGUCCGUGGUGGUGAAAGUGGAUGAGUAUGUGCUGGAGCUGGUUGUCUAUCGGCACAGGGGCUCCAUCGGCACAUCCUACCCCACACUGCUCAGCAGCAACCACAGGGAUCUGUAAUAUCACUCCACCUGAGCUGUCAGCUGUUUUAUUUUUUUAAAGAUUAUUUUUGGGCAUUUUUAGGCCUUUAUUUGACAGGACAGCUGAAGACAUGAAAGGGAAGAGAUAGGGGGAAUGACAUGCAACAAAGGGCCACAGGUUGGAGUCGAACCCGGGCCCGCUGCAUCGAGGAGUAAAUCCUCCACACAUGGGUGCCCGCUUUACCAACUGAGCUAUCUGGGAGCCCUAAACAUUUACAUUUUUAACAAUUUGUGUUGAACUUUAAUUUAAUUCCCAUGCAGUAUAACCGUAACACAAAUCUGGAUCAGGUUCUCUUUGCAGUAGUCUCGCAUUGCCGGACCUACUGUAUCUCCACAGCGCUGCAAUCUUUGCACUAAAUGUCAGGCUUAAACUGUCUAUAAUGAACAAAGUUUUUAGCCUAAGCCCCCUGAUCUGGAUUGAUAUCAUGGAAUGAAUAUAGCUUGUUAUAAUCAUGUAUCUGUCUUAAAUUGUAUACUAUAAUAGAGUAAAUAAAAGUUCCUUUGUCUA